CUAAAAAGGUAAAUGAAAAGGGAUGGACAAUACAAACAAGAAUAUGUUACUUUUAUCCAUGACAUCUUUGAAAAUCAUUAUGCAGAGGAGGUCCCAGAGGAAGAACUCACGCAGGUACCUGGAAAGGUGUGGUAUAUACCACACCACGGAGUAUACCACCCCCAAAAAAAAAGGAAACUUAGAGUGGUGUUUGAUUGUGCAGCUACUUAUAAAGGUGUAUCCCUCAACACAGAGCUACUACAGGGUCCUGAUCUGACCAAUUCCCUUGUUGGAGUCAUUUGGAGAUUCCGCAAAGAACCUAUUGGAAUUCUGGCUGACGUUAAGUCAAUGUUCCAUCAGGUGGGAGUAGAGAAAUCAGGUGUGGACUACUUGCGCUUCCUGUGGUGGCCACAGGGUGACACCCUUCAAACCCCAAAGGAAUACCGUAUGCUUGUGCACAUAUUUGGUGCAGUGUCCUCCCCAAGUUGUGCAAGUUUUGCAUUACAAAAAACUGCUGAUGACAAUGAAAGCUGUUUUCCCCUUCACGGAGCUGAAACAAUCCGGCACAACUUUUAUGUGGACGAUUGUGUUAAGUCCGUGGCUGAAGAGUCUGAAGCCAUCCAGCUAGUAAAAGACCUCACCGCACUAUGUUACAAAGGUGGAUUCCAGCUGACUCAAUGGGUUAGCAAUAAUCGGGCAGUUCUAGCAUCCAUUCCAAAAGAAAAAUGGGCAAAAGAAAUUAAAACACUGGAUCUUGACAAAGACAGCCUACCAAUAGAAAGAGCCCUGGGAUUGCAGUGGUGUGUGGACUCUGACCAUUUCCAGUUUAACAUCAAUUUAAACCAGAAGCCACAUACCCGCAGAGGCAUACUUUCUGUUGUAAGUUCCAUUUUUGAUCCCCUCGGUUUUCUUGCUCCUCUCAUUCUCCCAGCCAAGCAAUUGCUACAGGAGCUCUGUCAGAGAGGUUUUGGAUGGGACGAACCUUUGCCCCAAGCUUUAGUAGACCGGUGGGAAGGAUGGACAAACAGUUUAGAAAGAAUAAAAGGCUUCAGUGUUGCACGUUGUUUGAAACCAAAGGACUAUGGAACAACAAAGUGUGCAGAACUACACCACUUUUCUGAUGCCAGUGAGAAUGGUUAUGGCUCAGUGAGCUACAUAAGACACGCUAAUGAACAGGACAUUAUACAUGUCACUUUUCUCAUGGGAAAGUCCAGAGUCCUUCCUUUAAAGAACAUCACAAUACCACGUCUGGAGCUAGCCGCUGCAGCAUUGUUUGUAAAGGUGGACAAAAUGCUAAGGAGAGAACUACAUCUAACUUUAAAGCCCUCCGUUUUCUGGACCGACAGCCAAACCGUACUUAAGUACAUUAGAAGUGACACUGCAAGAUUUAAAACGUAUGUAGCAAACAGGGUCUCGCUGAUUCGGGAUAACUCAGAGCUGUCUCAAUGGAGAUACGCAAGAAGUAAAGACAAUCCAGCUGAUGAUUCCUCAAGAGGAUUGAGUGCAGUCAAAUUUAUGGAGCAAAGGAGGUGGAUGCAUGGCCCAGAGUUCCUAUGGAAACCUGAGGAAAGUUGGUUAGAGGUGGAGGCAUUGGGCUCAGUGUUACAGGAUGAUCCAGAGGUCAGGAGAAACACUACUGUUUUUACAACAGUGGUGAACACUGAAACACCCACAGACCAGCUUAUUUCAUACUUUUCAAAUUGGAUUAGGCUACUUAAAGCAGUGGCAUGGUACAUCAAACUAAAAAAGGCCUUGAUACUGAGAAUCAAAAAACAAAAGGACUUUCCAUCGUAUCAAGUUAUUACCCGCUCCCACAGCCAAAAGGUGAGCCCAGAACUUGAGGUUCUCAGGUCCAAACCCGGUGGACAGCUCCUCUCAGUGGAAGAUCUCUUACAGGCAGAAAGGUCAGUUAUCUCUUAUGUUCAGAGGCAAGCAUUCCCAGUUGAAAUAACAACACUACAAGCCACCCCACCUAAAGUGAAAAGGAGCAGCAGGAUCUGUAGGCUUGAUCCUGUGCUAGAUGAAGGCAUCUUAAGAGUAGGUGGCCGGAUGCAUAAAUCAGCCAUGCCUGAUGAAACUAAACAUCCCUGUAUCUUGCCCAAAGAUGCACACAUUUCAAUUCUUCUUUUAAGACACAUUCAUGAACGCUGUGGUCACAGUGGUAGGAACCACAUGCUCUCAGAGCUUCGUAAGAAAUAUUGGAUUAGUAAGGCCAACUCCUUAGCAAGAAAGGUGCUCUCAAAAUGUGUCAUGUGUCGACGAGUGAGGGGCAAAGCAGGUGAGCAGAAAAUGGCAGAUUUGCCGCUAGAACGAAUCCUACCUGACCUCCCUCCCUUUACCAAUGUCGGAUUGGACUAUUUUGGCCCGAUUGAAGUGAGGCGAGGAAGAAGCACCAUCAAAAGGUAUGGAGUUCUGUUUACAUGUAUGUCCAGCAGAGCUAUUCAUUUGGAAGUAGCUUUCUCAUUAGACACUGACUCAUGCAUUCACGCUUUGAGGAGAUUUGUUUGCAGAAGGGGGCAGGUUAAGCACAUCAGAUCUGACAAUGGAACGAACCUGGUGGGUGCUCAGGUGGAACUCAAGAAAGCUCUGAUAGCACUGGAUAAGUUGAAGAUCCAGGAUGCCCUGCUUCCUUAUGGAAUCGAGUGGAGUUUCAACCCACCAGCAGCAUCGCACCAUGGCGGAGUCUGGGAAAGGCUUAUAAGAUCUGUUCGUUACGUGCUGAACUCCACACUCCAUCAACAGUCCAUCGAUGAUGAGGGUCUUCAAACUCUAUUCUGUGAGGUAGAGGCUAUUUUAAACAACCGUCCUCUCUCCACAGUGUCCUCAGACCCAUAUGACCUGGAACCACUGACCCCAAACCACAUCCUCCUGCUGAAAACCCAGCCCAUUAUGCCUCCAGGAAUUUUCCUGAAAUCAGACCUUUAUGCUAGACGCCGCUGGAAACAGGUCCAGUAUAUGGCGGAUCUCUUCUGGCAUAGAUGGACCAAAGAAUAUCUUCUUCUACUCCAGGAAAGGCAAAAAUGGACUGUAGUGAAGAAGAACCUGAAUGUUGGAGAUCUUGUUCUAGUGGUUGACCCCACUGCUCCUAGAGGAUCAUGGCCACUAGGAAGAGUUCUAGAGACUAAGCCUGAUCAAAAGGGGCUGGUCCGAUCCGUGAAGCUCCAGACACAGACUUCAAUCCUUGAUAGACCCAUUACCAAGCUAUGCCGAAUUCUGGAGACUGAAGAGUGUCCGGUGCCUCCUAAAGAUCACCAAUAAGGGAUGUAAUGUAUAAAUACAUAUUUUUCUGAAACAUUAAGAGAUUGUUUAUUUCUGGCUCCUUUUUUGUAUUUAUUUUAAAUAAUUGGUUCUAUAGAGACCAAUUAGGGGCCGGUGUGUAGGAGCCGCAUUUGAGUUUGUUUUUUGGUUCCAUAAUUUACUUAGUUUUCUUUUCUAUAGCAUUCUGGUAGUACACCUUCUAAAAAGGCAGGGGGCGCGCCACCCUAUAAGUUGGAGCAGGUACCGCAUGAUUGGGGAGAAGAAGUGCCAGCAGAUACAGUCUUUGACCUCGGCCCGGAUCUGCAAUAUCGGAAGGCUUGGCUUAUACCAGAAAGCGCUACACAGGAAUACUUAAAGACAUUUAAAACAGUUCUCAUUUUUUGUUUAGUCUUUUACUCCAUCUAUUUUACAAUAAACAUCGACAAACAUUCAACUACAAACACUCUUGGAAUUUCUUGGAUUCGGGCUGUGAGUCUGACCCUGCACUUGCAUUCUCCCGGUGGUCGAAAACAGUAACAGGGGGUUACAGGAAAAAUCCAACGUUGUUUUUGCCACUAUACUUAUAUAUAUCUCACACAAACAGUGGAAUUAGAAAUGCAUAUGUGUUUAAUAGAAGAAAUCAGUCAACAUAAAACUCCAGAUUGUUUGUCAUUUGGUUCAGUUUCUUGCCACAUGGUUCAAACUGACUUCCUAGUAUUCACGUCACAUAAUGUAUUGCUCUAUAUGAGAAGUCAAAAUGAAAAGUCAAAAUCACACAUAUAUUUCAUUAUCAGUGUUCAUGUUGCUAUGGUGACCUCCCCAUGGGGAAAAUUGUAGCUUCUUAGAAGACUAAUACACAUAGGACAACAGUUCAACCUCCGGCACACACUCAUAACGCACACUUCAAAAUGACACAAUGCAUGAGAUGUAUGAGGGCCUGCAUUCAUGUGUGUGUAUGGGAUCAAAAAUGCCAGCCAGAGUAUGAUGUGACCUUAAUUUAACCUCAUAGCAUGACUGUCUGAAUGAAGCAGAUGGUGCAUAACUGAAUGCAUCAUGUCUUUCACUCUUUCUCUUCUUGUUUUCUCUUUCUCUCUCCCUCUUUCUUUUAAGAUCUGGUUAUCAUCUUAAACAAAGACAUAAA